ACUUCUCUUUCAUUUUGCGCAAGCCAAGGCGCCAGAACGAGAACACGCGAGAAUUUUUCACUGUGUAGCCACGUGAGGAAAAAGCAUGGAUAAACCCGUGGUAUUAGCGCGUGUAAUAAAAGUCCUGGGCCGUACUGGCUCUCAAGGACAAUGUACUCAAGUUAAAGUGGAAUUCCUGGGCGAACAAAAUCGUCAAAUUAUCAGGAAUGUAAAGGGGCCGGUGCGGGAAGGCGAUCUGCUAACCUUGCUGGAGUCCGAACGUGAAGCGAGAAGACUUCGAUAAUAUUGGACCAUCUUUUGUUAUCAAGAUUGAAAAAACGGUCGCCAGCCGGACACCUACCUAAACAUCCAUGGAUUUCUUGUGAAGAAGCUCUCCAUGCAGAGGAUUCAUGGUUAUGUCAAUUGCUGAUGAAAAGCAGCCCUGCCCACGUGUCCUUUGGAGAAAACAGAAGAUCCAAAACAAGAUCCAUGUUUCGCAUUUAAAAACAUUCCUGUCAGAGAAGAAUUCUACAAUAUAAUUUACAAUAAAUCCUCGACUGGUGAUCACAAAUC